UUUUUACUCCGUCCGUCCCACCCGCACCUCCUUCUCCCUCUCUCCUCCUCCUGCUACACUUUUCCUCCUUUUUUCUCUCUCUCUCUUUGCGACGGCUCCCGGGACUACCGACAGCCAGGCCGCGGUCACUUCAGCGUGUAUCCGCUCAGGAAGAGACAGAGAGUGUGUGUGCAUGUGUGGGAAAGUGUGUGUGUGAGAGAGAGUGUGUGUGUGUGAGUGAGUGCGUGUGUGUGCGCACCCCGCCCGCAACCGGCCCAUCCGUGUUAUUUUUUCCCCCCACCAUCCCACCUCCGCUUUUCGGUCAUGACGCUGGAAGCGAUCCGCUACCGGGCCGGGUCUCUGCAGAUCCUCAACCAGCUGCUGCUGCCUCACCAGACUGUUUACGACGAGAUCCGCUCGGUGCAGGACGCUUACGAGGCCAUCAAGUCCAUGAAGGUGCGGGGAGCCCCGGCCAUCGCCAUCGUCGGCUGCCUCAGCCUGGCUGUGGAGCUGCGAGCCGGAGCCGGCGGUGACGACCCUGUGACCUUCAUCAGAGAGUCUCUCUGUCAGCUGACCUCAGCCAGGCCCACCGCUGUCAACAUGGGCCGUGCCGCCCGCGAGCUGAUGGAGUUUGCUGAGAACGAGAGCAUGGAGAAGAACUCGGAGCAGCUCAGAGAAAGUGUAAUUGCCUGGAUCGAAGACAUGCUGGAGCGUGAUGUCAAUGACAACAAGAAAAUCGGUAACUAUGGCGCCCAGCACAUCCUGUCUGGCGUCCCGAGGGACUCUGUGACCAUCCUCACACACUGCAACACCGGCUCCCUUGCCACAGCUGGAUACGGGACCGCGCUGGGUGUGGUGCGAAGCCUCCACGGGCUGGGUAGGCUGAAGCGGGUGUACUGCACGGAGACAAGGCCUUACAACCAGGGAUCCAGACUGACGGCAUACGAGGCGGUAGCAGAGAGAAUCCCUGCCACGCUCAUCACAGACAGCAUGGCUGCCCUCACCAUGAGAGAAAUGAACAUCACAGCUGUGGUGGUGGGCGCAGACAGGGUGGUUGCCAACGGUGACACAGCCAACAAGGUGGGCACGUACCAGCUGGCCAUCGCCGCAAAGCACCAUGGGAUUCCCUUCUAUGUGGCCGCACCCAGCACGUCUUGCGACCUGAGCCUGGAGAGCGGCAGGGACAUCAUCAUCGAAGUGCGCCCUCCUGAGGAACUCACCAGUAUAAAUGGAGUCCCCAUUGCUGCUCCGGGUAUCGAGGUGUGGAACCCCGCGUUCGAUGUGACCCCUCACCAGCUCAUCACAGGGGGCAUUAUUACAGAGCUGGGAGUCUUCCUCCCCUCCGAGCUCCAGGCAGCUCUCACCGGCCGCCUUACUGCCCUCUAGAGCCCCUCCUGCUGGUCCGUGUGUGCCACUGCACCUCAACGUCACACAUAAAGACACUCUCAUUUCAACACAGGACACACGCACAGUCAUUGUCGUGGUUUCAUUUAAUUUUGGUAAACGCACGGUCACUGUUACAUGUCAGUAAUGCACAGCUGAAAAAUAAGAUGGACACACACACACACACACACUGCAGGGAGUCAAGCAGACACACGCAUAUCAGAUCAUAGUCACUUUUGGGGACAUUACAAAGACUUACAUUCAUUGCCUGGAGACUUACAUAAUCUUAACCAUAGCUUUUGUCCCCAAUUGGACAAGUUGUCCCCUAUUAACUGGCCCUAAGUCUGAAAUUUGUCCCCAAAAGUUGCAGAUGACAAACCACAUGUGCAGUCUCCCCUUUCUUUUCCACUCCUCUUUUUUUUUUCUCCAUUCCCACCUUUUCCCAAGUUUUACAUCUCAUCUUUCAUUCUCUUCUGUCGCCUUUUUCUAAAUGGCUUCUCCGACAAUGAAUAGCGCUCAGCUGGACUCCGAUCCUUUAAAUUCUAUUUGGCAAACAAAUUUUACGAGUCAGUACUGAGUUAAAUUUUCAGGGCUUCUUCAACUGCAGACAAAAACUACCAUAGCUGUGACAUGACUGAUAUUUCAAUUUGAAAGUAGUGAUUUUGAUCAGCCUUGGUUUCUAAAAUGCUGCUACCCACUUGUAAAUAUACAUGUCCUCAUUGGUAGUGUGUACAUAUGUAGAAAACUAACCACUGCUAGUAAAAACGUACUGUUAUUUUAACCAAAUAUGUGGUUAUUUGAAAUUACAAGCUGACAUCAAAAAUGUUAUAUUAACAUUUAACUUCUGUUUUUUCUGUGUAGAUACUUUUGUAGGGGUAUAAUCCAAAUUUAUAGCUCUCAGUGAAAUGGAAAAAGUCCUAUUUCACUCACUUUUUACCCUGCGCAGAAACAUUUUGAACAAGUGGAAUUUCUUGAUGGGCCCUCGUUAGUCAGCUGAAGCCUAUAACAAUACAUGGCUGUAUUUAUACCUCAUCCCUUGUUUGUAUCUUGCUGUUACAAGUUGUACUCUAUCAUACCACUCUUGUAUUCUCAUGAUGUCGAUAUAUAAAUAUAGCCAUACUUAUUUCAGCACCAUACUGAUAUUCACUAUACUGCACUGGACACUGUAAGAAUGAAGAAUCAAAAAAGGGGGAAAUUGGUGUCAUUUUCACCCGAGCAGCUCUUGCUGUGAGCUGUGAUGUCUGCUAUGCUGUUACAUUUCUCUAAUAUAGAUAAAGCUAAUAAAGGAAAAGUUCACCUGAAAAUAAAAUUUGGUCAUCUGCUCACUUGAACAUGAGUCAAGACUCUAAUGUUUGUACAACCACAAAAUACCUGUGUAGCUUGUACUUCUAUGUCAGGCUUAUGCCAAAUUAUUUUAAGUAACAAGAGUGUACAGCUCAUAAAAAUGCCCCCCCAAACAUUAAAUUAAUAACUAAUAUAAAUUAUAUUGGACUUUAAGGCAUCAUUAUGCACAUUUUUAUAUCAAGAAUAACUAUAAGGUGUUGCUUAUAGUAACAACCCCACAAAGAAUUACCAGCCAACACUGCACUUUACCAUCUUUCAGCUAAUUUGGUUCUGCGGCCCACAACUUUGCUGUUGUGUUUCAAUUUCAUCGCUCUAAGUGGUGCGGCUUCCAGCAGCAGCAGGCAGCUGUUUUCAGCAAAAACGCUACUUUCCCAUCACCAAACAGCAGACAGAUAAAGCAGUUAGCUCAUGAACUUAGUGGAACAUUUAUUGAGCCAAAUAUUUCCCUCAGGGAUGGGUGGAGACCAAAACUGCUAAAAAGGAGAAUAAAUAUUAAACUUUCUCUUGUCAGGUGGACACAAAUAAAACCUAAUAUUAGUCUGUGUCUACAAGAAGUGUAAAUGGGCAACUAUUUACUGUUUAACAUUUUACAACCAUUUUAAGGUAAUAACAUCUUUGUUGUUUUAAUAGGUUGUUUUGCUGCCCCUAUGUGGUAAAAAAAAACAAAAAACUCAGUAAAUGCAUUUCAAAAGUAAUGCAGGUGUAGAAUGUUUAAAGUGUUUACUUUAUAACUUCCUCAGAAGUCAAAGACAGAAAUACGACAAUGUUUGUCCAUACAAACAAAAGCUAAGUUCGGAACUCAAAUCGGAUUAUGGGGGUUGAGCAGUAGAGGACUCGCUCUUCAUUUUGGGGUGAACUAUUCCUUUAAUAUUUGUGGGGUUUUUUCUGCAGAAAGCUGUGUGAUACAGCUGAAGGGGACACAUGGCGCAAUGCCUCCAACAAUCAGAAUGUAAUACUCAACUCAGAUAAACCUGCUUUUGUUAGGGCUGCGAUCAGGCAACACUCCAGACACUCGGUCACUUCUUGCCUUUGUGCUUUGUUCACGAUGUGUUUCAACUGUUUGGAUCAAUAUCUCUUCAUAAAUGAAAUGCUAUUUUACUCCAGACUGACUUCCAUUAGAAGUACCCAUACCUGUACAAGCAGACACUAAGGACUGUACAACGUUUUUUUCUCAAGAGCUAUCGGGAGAAAUGUCAUUCCUUGUCAGCCACAAAUGUGUCUCUUCUUGGUCCUGGAGAUGGCAGGACAGGAUUGUAGUUCUGUGGCAAUGAUCAGAUUCAUCUAGUAAAUACUCAAAAAUGCAAGUAUUUGCUACUUUUCUCAGUUUUAUAUCACUGUAAAUGGAAUAUUGUUGGAUUUUGGACUGUAUGUCAGACAAAACAAACCAAAUUUGAAGAUAUUUCCUUUAGCUCUGGCACACUGGACAUUUUUGCUAUUGUCUGACAUUUAAUAUUUUAAAUGAAUAGUUGGUAAAUCAAAAAAUAAUUGAUAGAUUAAUGAAAAUGGUCAUUAAUUGUCACCCUACCCUCAUUAUUCGCAGACCCGACAGCGACCUUGUAUUUACCCAUAACAAGUAGACUGUUACCUAUCUUCUGGGUGAUACCCAGGUUUUUGUGUGAAAGGUGUUUAACUGAGGUCUUACAAUAUGUUUGUUCUAAGAUGCUUCAUGAAAGAAUCCCAGAUAUAUUGAUCUACUCGCUGUACUGAAUGUCACAGGCCCAGACUCGGGGCCAGCACUGCUCACUGCCUUACAGGUGCAGCACCAAUACAUAGUAAUAGGUGAGACCGCAGCCCUUCAGUCCUUCCUAGACCCCGGUACAUGUUAUGUUGCCAGACCUCCAUCUCAUUAAGCUCAAACAGAUCUGGAGAAAAUCUAAUUGAAAAGGUGGGAUAAUGAGACUACUGAGACAGCGUUUUUUUCUUUGGGUCUGAAAUGACCACACCACUACAAACCACUGUGUCUCCAUCCUUUUGUAGUGAGUGUGUUUACUAUCCCAGCUAUAGUUUGCUCAUUGAGACGGCAUAUCCUAGUUUAAGUCACUAGAUAGGACCUCAUCCAAGUUUCUGAUCAUGCCAUGUGUUCAACUAAUUACGUGACUUUGGUUGAAGACUUCAACCAAAGUCACGUAAUUAGUCAAUAAAACAACAAAAACAUGAUGAUUGUUGCUUUCGUUGUCCAUUGUCCACUUGUGAUCAGAUGGCCGAGCUAGUUCAGACAAACCGAAACCAAAUCAUUGUGUUACGAUCAUGUAUACAGGGAAAUGUCUAAACCAGGAUAAUUAUGCGUAUGUUAUUCAACCUUUGUGCUUGAUGAGACAGAUGUACGAGGUCUGGCAACACAACAUGUCAGCAUACCUUCUUAACACCCCUUUAUUGACCUCACACACUCAGUGCCCUUGUGGACUUAACUCUUCAUUCAUCGCAACAGGUGACAAAUACACAAACCCCCCUUUCUACUCUACAGGACCAUCGUGAGGUCCAGAGAAAACUGAAACCCUAAAAAAAAACCUUAAUGUCAAUAAUAAUUGCAGUAUCCAUUGUGUCAUUAUCCAUAUCUUUAACAUGCUGUAAUAUAAUCUCACUUCUUCCUUCCUUUUAUCUUCCUACUAAUCCCUCUUCAUUCCUCCUCUGUCCACGCAUCAAACCUCUACUCACAAUGAUGCUGUUAGGUCACACACAAGCAUAAAAGACACUUGUGUAUUUGGAUUUUUCUUUCUUUGUUUUGUACAGUUAAAGACACCAGGUGUUUGGGGGCAGAUUUAGAUAAUGUUCCAGACAUAUGUAGCAACUUUGUGGCUGUCAGACCCGCCGCAUAAUAUUUCUUUCUAAAUCUUUUAAGAGGUACGAGAUUUUUGUUUGUUUGUUUUGUCUGUACAUCAUGAUGAUUAACUGUUUGGCUGUGAUUUGUUGUUUUAUUUCAUGACAUUGUGAUUCCUAGUGACUAGGCCAUUAGUACACCACACUGGGGAGGCCUCCUCAACCAUACGCACUACCUCUCCGUCUGCCAACACAGACUCAAACACUGAAAUGCAUGAACACAAGCGCUUCACGUGCCAGGCUGCAGCACAGCAGAUUGAGAGACUGCAGAGAAAAAUCUGGACUAAAAUUCUCCAUAUCUCACUAAUGUUUGUAUCUUGAACCCAAAGUGACAAAUAAUUUGUGGCGGUGCUUUUAGUUUGCCAAAGUAGCCUAGAUUGAGGCUGGUGUGUUAAGUUGGGUUGUAGCUGAAUUGUGUCUGCAUGUGUCGGGCUUUGAGAAGCCCGACACAUGCCUAAUAAUCAGUUGCCAAAAUUCAACGCUGCUUGCCACGUAUUUUCCACAUUGAUUUAAUAAAUAAAAGCAGGUGCUUGUGUGUAUUAUCAAUGAUUAGUAUGGCCUGCAAUUACAAUGGAAGGAGUGUUGUUCAGAUGGCCUCUUUAAGUGCAAGUAUGUUAUUGUUGUUAUUGAUAAUCACUUGAUCUGGGUUUAAUUUUGUAACGUGGAAAUAGUUCAAAACUGGAUUUUUUAAAAUAUAUAUGUAUAUGAAUAUAAUGCUGUAAAGU